AUGGGGAACUUGAAACAGGACAUAAAGCUUGGACAGCUUGCACAGUCAUCGUACACGUCCGCCUUGAAAGACUCACGUCCACAUAUCCAGAACGUCAUAGGAAAUGGCCAACUCAGUGCUCAACCAAAGGUCAACCUUGAAUUGAUUUUGCUUCUAGCGAUAGCCUUUGUGGCACUGGAGUUCGUGAACGAACAGGAAUACUCAGAAACUGCCCUUUUGGCCCAUAUCGGUGGUGUUUUAAGCAUCUUAAAGCUGUAUGGGCCGAGCAGCUUCUCUUCACAUCAGAUACGACACUCCUUCAGUGGGUUUAGGGGAAUAUUCCUUUCAGUUGGACUUAUCAACCAUAUUCCAACCUUCCUAGCAAAUUCAGAUUGGAUUCAACUUCCAUUUCUGAAUACGAGGAAGACGAGAAUGGAGCUUAUUCACGACAUUGCAUUGCAAAUACCACGGCUCCUUCACCAAACAGAUCAAUGGUUCGAGGGGCUUGAGGAAUCUGCUUCCAACGAUUACAACCGUCGAGAACUUUCAGACUCUCGGAAGCAUAACCUAGAAACUGCUUCCUCGCUUUUAGAUGAUUACUGGGCGGUCUUUAAUCAAAUGGAAGAGUGGCAAAAUAACUGGAAAGCUUCUGAGCCAGGUCCCCUAUAUUGGCAUUCGGAUAUCCCGAUGCCCAGUAACUCGGUCGAUGUCGACUUGAUCUGCAUACCUUCAUUCCCAAACGAAACAUACCAAGUCCGCUUCCAAAAUACCCAAAAGGCAGCGCACGCUGUUACCUUCUGGUCCUAUCGCCUGGAACUUCUUAUGGGAAUGAUCAAACUCCAGCGAGGCUUAUUCGACACGCAGAUCGAAUCAUUGGAACAGAACAUGGCCAUGGCAAAAGAAACAGCUUGUCUGAUUCUGCAAACCGCACCAUACCUUACAUGUUGUUUUGAGGGUACAGUGGCUUCAAGGGCACCGCUACGCACUAUAACGAGAUACUUUGAGCUGGUAGCUUUGAACCAAGACUUCAAUUCACUGUGA